AUGGACAUCGCCAUUCUCGGUGACGUGUCUAGGAGCAUGAACAAGUACCACCGAAAUAAGUUAACACUACUGGUUUAUUCAUUGGUGAACAAACUAAGGGUUUCUGCUGCAGGAAAUCACUAUGCUCUUGGCACUUUUGGAGCAUAUGCUCCAAUUCACUUCUACUUGAAUUCAGGAAGAUACCACAACUCAAAAAACUUAAAGGACAUGGUUAAAGCCCGUUUUAAUUUUGUUCCAAAGUUAGUGGGAACACGCACUGAUCUCGCCAUGAAAAACGCGUUAAAUAUAUUUACCAAAGAAAAAGGAGACAGGCCUGACGCUAAGAAUAUCUUGUUCGUCUUUACUGAUGGAGAACCGUACAUUGGCAAAUGGGAUAAGAGAAAACGGACUCCUUUUGGACCGUCAACAAAUGCUCUGGAGGUAAUAUAGCUUGACUGUUAUCACUUACAUGCAGCAAGUGUGUUUAAAAUUACCUUUUUAAUUGUAUCAGUCUGUAGUUUUACAGAAUUUAAUACCUUUCCCCACACCCAAGAACACCAAAGUAAAAUAUCAUGGAAAACUGUGAAAACAAAACUAAUUCAUGUACUGGUGAGCGAAGAGAAAUGCCGAAGCAAAACCCCUACAUUAUUCUGAUUGAUGUUUUGAACUUUCACCUGACCAGGCCAGAGGUGUGAGCAUAGUUGUUAUUGGAGUUGGUAAGGACUUAUACAAAAGAAAAGAACAAAUGAAAUGGAUAGCUGGCAAAAAGGGAAAAGUUCUUCUGUAUGGCAGCUUCGACGCACUCAUCAAAAGUCUGAACCAGAUCCUGCAAGCUACAUGCCGUAAGUUUAUCAGUGGUUUCCUUUAAAUGCGUCUCUUUGCUGAUUUCUUUCCUGACCCUUAUGUCGAAAAGUGACCAAUCUCAUUUAAUAAAAAUUGAUCUUUCUUUUCCACUAAACAGCGGUUGACGGGGGAUACACAGAUUGGUCUGGGUCGAAGUGCACUGUGACGUGCGGAGGAGGAGUGAAGAUACUUACAAGAACCUGCACAAAUCCCCCGCCAUCUAACGGUGGAAAGGACUGCAGGUUUCUUGGGCCAGCAAAAAAGACAGUUCCAUGUAACGAACAGAAAUGUCGUAAGUAUUCAUUUAGUAACUUUCUGCCUUAAUUUAUCUUUUUGAUAGAAUUUAUGAUCAUAAGCUUGCAACUAGAUAUGAUUUCGAUGGUCAAGACGAAGUUUAGGUGCACUUAUAGUAAUAUUCCUUGUAGGUAAAAAGAGAAAAGGAAUACUUUAAAACAGCUAAGGCUUUUCUAAGCUAUCGCUUACAUUACGACAAAUGGUUUUCUCUAAAAUGGAUCACAGAAAAACAGAUUUAAAUUUUGGAUCAUUGUUCUCUAUUAAAGCUGUUGACGGGGGAUACACAGAUUGGUCUGAGUCGAAGUGCAGUGUGACGUGUGGCGGAGGAGUGAAGACGCUUACAAGAACCUGCACAAAUCCCCCGCCAUCUAACGGUGGAAAGGACUGCAGUUUGCUUGGGCCAGCAAAAAAGACAGUUCCAUGUAACGAACAAAAGUGCCGUAAGUGUUUUUAAAUCAUUUUCUUGAGAAAAAUUAGUCACUGCAACGCCUGGAGGUGUGAUUUUAAGACCAGCUUAGGUAGAAUAUAGGGAAACAUCCAUUGUUUGUGGAUAUUAAAACAAUUCUUUGGAAAGGACUGCAGUGAACUGGGACCAGCUAAAAAGACAUCUCCAUGUAACGAACAGAAAUGCCGUAAGUAUUAUGGAAAUAGUUUUUGUUGGUCCUAAUCUUUUUGAGAGAAUUAGUCGAUGCAAAGACUAUUGAUUUACGUGUUUAAGAAUGACUUUGAAUGCAUUUGAAAUUUUUUUUUUUUUACGUAGAGAUGAAAACUGCUUUAGAAAAUAAUUCAAGCAUUGGAAAGUUUCUUUUAGGACGCAUAGUGUACUUUUCUACGGAAUUAACUAAAUUGCAGACCAGACCGCGACUCCGUCAUUUUUCAUUCUUUUCACUGAACUGCAAUCACUCACAUGCUUUCGAGAUAAACGUUUGCUGUAAACACUGAGUAACCUGCAGAAAACAUUACAGUUUUAGCGGUGGCAUAUCAAGCGAAUUUGGUCGAUUAAUUAACUCGCAUUCUGGCAAUACAGUUAAAGUUUCUAUUAGAUAUUUAUCGUACGCAAAGUCUACAUAAGCAAUCCACGAGUUUAUGAAAGAGUGAUUCUUCGAGCGGUGAGGGACUAAAACAAAAUCAACUAAAAAGAUAGGUAAUUCGUGAGCCCAUCUGGGUAAAAGUUAUCCAUCAAUGGACCCGUCAUAUAAAUUGAAAUAAAGCUAUUCAAACGGAUCUGAUCGGUAUGAUUCUAGAAUGUUGAAAAUGCUUUAUGAUGCUUUAAUUGCAAAUUUCCCAAUAUCUCCCACAGCUCCUCCAUGUACAGCAGGACUCGACGUUGGAAUUGUUCUCGACAAAUCCAAGAGUAUAAGGAUACCCAAUCUCAAAAAAGGCAUCGAGUUCUUAGGUAACCUAGUUAAAAACUUCAACCCUACACCUGACGCUGAUCACUUCGGUUUUAUCACGUUUAACGGAAAGGCCCGAAUGGUGUUUAAAUUUGCUGACUCACAAUUUCACAAGAAGGAUGCGCUCUUGAAGAAAAUAGCAGAGGAACCAAUUCAACUGAAAAUAAAGACUCGAACAGAUCUGGCUUUGAAAAUGGCGGACGACGAGUUGUUUACCGAAGCAGGAGGAGACAGGCCAGACAAACCAAAUGUCAUGAUUGUACUCACAGAUGGAAAGCCAACUCAUCCGAAAAAAGACUUUGAUUUCAAGGCAUUUGCUAAAGAUAUAUCGGAAGAUUUCAAGGCGAGUGUAAAGUAGCUAUGUCGAGGCUUGAUUAAUAAGAACGGAAGGGUAAAACAAUGGGAAUUUAAACUUAUUGAGUUUAAUUUUUCAAUCCAUUUGAACUGAAAGUUAAGACAUCGAUGAUAAAAGAAGUUCGAGAGGUAUGACAAAGCAUUGAAAUCACAACUGAAAAAGAGCAACAUUGAUUUAUUUCGCGAAAAACCUGUAAUAAAUAAGGAAGCAUUGUUCUCUUUUUUUGUCGUACGUUAACAGGUAGUUUCAUAUAAGAACGGUACAAUAUGUCAAUCUGCGCAAUAUCUACCACCACCAGCUAUAUUGAUUUGAAUUCCAUCGAGAACUUUAACUGAAUUGGAGCGUUAGAAUGUGAACACUAUUUUUAGAAGGUUUCGCCAGAGUCAAUGAAGAUAAAUUUUUAAGCUUAGGAUGCGGUUAUUCAUAGUGGUGAAUUCACUUCUGUGUAAAGUAUAGUCAUUCAUCUCACGACGUAGUCACUUUCAGUAGGGAUUGCAGCGUUUCGACUGUAACUGACUGUGAGUUCUCUUCAAGUGGCGCUGAAAAAUCCUGUAAAUAACGCCUUCUUGUUUAGCCCCCACCGAGUUCAAAUCUACGAUAGAUUUGCUAGAUGUCAAAGGUCUUUCCGAACAACUUCCCCUCUGCCUACAGCCACCAGGAAUACGGGCCCUUUUCAAGUCGGAGACUACGUUACGAUCAUGCAUAAAACGGCUGUUGGGUGUGGUUGACUCAUCUAAACAAGAUAACGUGGUUCAUAGGAUUCUCUGUGAGUCUGGCAAAGCUUAAAUCGGCAAGAAUUUUAUGGGAGAGGAUCAACAAGUAUAACAGUGGUAUCGGACUCCCCUGGACACAAACCUCCCCCGUUACAGAGAACGCCCACAUCGGACUCUGCCCGCUCUGGGACAAAGUAAAGCAUAUUGAUCGUUAUCUUCAUUAUUACACAACCGUGGUUAAAAGAGACUUUUCAUAAAAGAGUUCACCCUGACAACACCAAUAGGGACAGUGUAGUCCAAAUCCCACAAGCAUGGCUGGCGACGAUUAAAGAACACAACUACAGGAAAGCUUUGCGAUAUCAGAUCACUGCGAGACCAGUUCUUCAAGACGCCCAACACGGUUGAAUAAUGCUAGUCAAUCAAAGCUGAGCAGAACGGUUCAUAUGGCGAGGCGUGCCUAGUCGACAUUAUCGCUUGAAGAAAACGAGCAUGAAAUCGAAACGUCGCGAUCUACAACAGAAGAGAUUUCAUUGUGAGACAAAUGAUUAUACUUCAUAUACAAACUUGCAAUACUUUGCUGAGUACACACAAUUGAAGUGCUCCCUUUUCCUUCGCUCUUUUGCAUUACUAAUUAAGACAUAGAGAAAUCAAAUACCUAAGGUAACAUUGGUUGCUUUAGUUUUGACAAGCGAGUUAUGUCAGGCUUUGAUUAAUGAUUUAAGUCCCUAUAACACGGUGGUUUUGUUUCAGGAAAUUAACUUCAAAUACGCUGAAAAAAUUUGACUGCAAACGCGGGGACAGCUCAAACAACCCACACAUACAUCACACCAAAGAAUAAAACACCAAUUUCUCGGAGGCACAAAGCGCGGUUUACAAUCAACUAGAGUUGUAACAAUAACUAAUGAUAAACUUCGUAUUUUGGUCUUCGUUUUAGGCGAAAGACGUCAGCGUUGUUGCUGUCGGGAUUGGUUCAGAUAUAAGGGAGGGAACCUUGCAGGAAAUUGCAGGUGAAGGUAACCCAGUGGUGCAAGAAGACGACUUCAGUAUGCUGGUCGAAAUGUUGAACAAAAUCAAAGGAUCGGCCUGUUCCGGUGAGUAUUUAGACGCCUAAAUUGAAUCAUCUGUCGACAAAAUCCCACGACAAACUGAUGCCCAUUUUAAUCACGUUGAGGAGUUCAAGGCGACAUAAUUUUGUUUCACCGUAAUUACUUCUCUAAAACUUUUUGGGCUGAAGGCCACAAAAGUUAGCAAUGGCCGCUAACUUGACUUUUGCAACUUAGCUUUCUUAUUAUGAAUUAACGCAAUCGUAGUUAAAGUAGGUUAUAGUCGUCUUAUUCACUAAGAACCUUACUUUUUCUUUUAAAAUUCAGUAAAAACUACCUUUCUACGCUAGUGUGGUGGUUUCGAUAUUCUGCAGCAAAUAAAUCUUUGAGAGGUUAUAAUGAUCAAAAUUUUUCUUUCAAACUGUUUGGCAUGAUGUAGUAGAGAUUUGUUUUUUUUUCUUUUUUCUUCAAAAAUCACAAUUAAAAGAGUUAAUCCUAAACGAUGUGGCCUAAAUACGUUAAAUAGGUUUACAAACGACGGGUUCAAAACUGGAUAAAAUAUAUAUCAUUUUUCCAUUUCUGGGAGAGGUUUGUGUCGGUUCGCGUGACCCGAUCCAAACCCUUUUCCCUUUUUAAAUUCGCUGCUUCUAUCGCGGGCUUAGCACUGGAUAAACUAGAUUUUUUCUUUCAUUUCAGGGAUUACCCGAACCGACCCAGAAAUCCCUCCCUUUUUAACUCCGCCGCUUCUUUCGCGGGCUUAGUACUGGAUAAACUAAACUUUUUUCUCUCAUUUUCCAGGUUACCCAAACUGUUUUUGACUCCGCUGCUUCUAUCGUACCGCUUAUCAUUUCGCUACGUUUUAAUUACUUAACGCCUAACACAAGCUAUUUUUCAUAACAUUUGUAUCUCGUGAGUAUUUUGACGUGAUGCAAUAAAUAGAAUAUACAGAAAUCUUAUGCCUGAGUAGAAGCAAACGAAGAGGGCUAAAAUAUAAUUAAUAUAUCAUUGUUAUCAGGCGGAAUCACUGCAUGAAACACAAUUGCUUGUGUGGCUUCUUUCGGUUCUAACUUAAGUGAAUUAAACAGAGCUGUUUUUGCUUACUUUUCAGGUUAAAGACGUUUGACAAGCAGAACAUGACGCCCAUCAAGAGGGGUAUAAUGGUGCAGGGCUAUUGUAGUUUUACUUUCAAGACAUUCUUUAUCUGCAGAUGAUAUUGAUGAUACUCAGAGAUGGAUAAAUAAAAGCCAUUCCAGUAAAAGUACUUUGUUUGUGAUGUUCAUCAUUUUACUUAAGAGAACUUUAUUUAUAAUUCCUUUUUGUAAAAACUGGAGCGUAGUUUUUUGUCAUUUCAUGUCUUCCAACUAGCUGAACGAAGCCAUGUUUUAAGCUUGUAACCAUGCUCCCACUUCAUACCCUAGCUCCGACAAAUAUGGGUAAUGAAUUCGUCAGCAAAUUGAAAAUAAAACCUCUGUGAGCAAACAGUAAACCAAAAGCAGGAUAAAAAGAGUUUGCCUCAGAGCUUACAAGUAAAGAAAGUAUAGAAAACUUUAGACUACCAGAUCCACUGAAAAAGAUACUGAAUUGAGUAUAUGUAACAGAAAAUUAAACAACUUUUAUUUACUAAAUUUGUAACAUGAUUCUUUUACGGUAGCGAUAACAAAAGUCAAUUGUUUCAGAAUGGCGUAAUACAGCCAACGCCAUCUACUGCAUACCCUGUGUAAGGUGUUGCAAAUAGUUAUACAUCGGCGAAACAGGAAGAUGACGAGGCGACCGAUUCCGAGAACACAUUCGUGGCGUAGAAAGGAAUUCGAACCAAUCGGUAGGCACUUUAAUCUCCCAAAUCAUUAUCAGCAACAUAUAGCAAUCUGCGGCCUUUGCCCACUGUUAGAAUAUAAGGUAGGCUGCAAAACUCUUGAACAAAAUUUCAAGUGUCUUUCAAAUCGGCUCCCUUUAUCCCCUUUUUAUUCAACUCAUUUAUUCUUAAGUUUUUCACGUCGCCAUGUUCCCACCAAUAACGUAACUCCAUUUUUUUGUAUCUAAACCACACACAAACCAUGCACAAUUCCUCCAUCAGCUCUGCUCGAAACGUCAGCUUCAGAAACUCUUUACAGUGGUCAAGUUACAUUAUCAACUCAGUUAAUAAAACAAAAGUAUCAAUGUAAAGUAUCUAAAAGAGAACCUGAUCAAGGUUCACUCACCUGCAAAGUUUCGUGGAAAUCCUCCAAAUUGCUAAUCACUUCCAAUGCUUCCAUCUGUUUUAAUAUGGAAGUAUGCCUUCAAUCACAAAUGUGAGAGCCCUCAAGGUGGAGUAAAUAAUAUUGAAGGGCAAACGAAAAUAACUGAUAGCUAUCUCCCUAAGGGGUUUUUGUUACAGUUACUUGCAGCCCACUGCGUAUGGCAUUCUUGAUGACCUUCAAAAUCUACGGAGGUGGUGCAUCAGGCCCCUAGUUGUUUAAAUGAUGGAAAGCGUUAUCAACCCUACGAACAACCGGAGCCAAAUGUUUUAGACUAACAAUCCACAACUAAAUUUCGUUCAUUUGUGCUAAGCUGCCUUUAUAAAACGUAUCUCCAUUAACCCAGCAUUGGUCUGUAUAGGCUGUAUAGACUAAAAUAACAGGUAAUCAUUCGGAAAAAACGAGACGACUACUGCUUGAUGCUUAAGGCCGAGCUGCAAGAAUAGACCAUUUCUUGAUACGUUUCUUCUAUAACCCGGAAAAGGCACAAGACAUCCAAGAAAAUUCAUCAAUUACCUAUACUUUUCAGACGACACGGCACCACCUUUAAGCAUUGUUUAAGAUGCUCAUUCACCUCUAUAAGUUCUUCAAGAGCACACAUCGCAAUGUGAGAUUUAAAAAAAAGUUUUUUAUUAACCAGCAUUGACGCAUGUGUACCAAAGCCAGGAAACCUAAAAUCGUAUAGAGAACCUUUUGUAUACUCAGUCCACCUGGUUAUUUGCAAGCGGCCUAAACUUGGAAAUGCAAAGGAAAAAAUUUGUUUUGGGGCACUGUAGAGAAUUGGAACAAAGAGUCCUUAGACUUAAAAUUAUGUGAUUAAGCCGCUCACAUAUCACUCUUUACCUUUGGUCAGACUGUAAUGUGCUAUGAAAUUAAGUUACCAAAGAAUAAAAUUAAAGAUGCCGUAGAAAUAUCACUAGCUGUACAGCGAUGGGCUUGUAAGAAUGUUUUGAUGUUGCUUUACGACUCAGAUAUCAUAGUUGGACUUAAUAUUGCAAUCGUUCUCGACAAAUCCCAGAGCUUUGAAUUAGGUAAUUUGAAAACGGUCAUUACCUUCUUGGGUAAUCUGGUUAAAAACUUCAACCUUCAACUGAAACAGAUCACUUCGGCCUUAUUACCUUUAACAAAAAUGCACAAAUGUCUUUCAAACUCGGCGAUUCGCGAUAUCAUGAUAAAGACGCCUUGCUACAGAAAAUGGCCAACGAACCAAUGGUCUUACAGUAUCAAACUCGCACCGAUCUGGCUCUUAUUAUGGCGAGGGACGAGAUGUUUACUGAGGCAGGAGGAGACAGACCAGACGAACCAAAUGUCAUGAUUGUACUUACAGAUGGAAACCAACUCAUCCGAAAAAAGUCUUUGAUUUUGCCAACAUAAUAUCCGAAGAUUUCAUGGCGAGUGUAAAAUCACAUUUCGGGUUAUCAAUUAAGUGUUAUUCUACCUUUAAUGUGGUUUGUUGUAUACUGACAAAUUUCAUGCGCCAAUUUCGAGUUGAGGUGUGACGUUUAUUUUCAAUGGUCUUUCGUGCUGAAAUGUUACAUGCAAUGCUCUAGUUUCUUUCAUUGAAUACUUCCCAUUUCACCAGCGAUUUACUGAUCAGCGGAUCUGAAGGAUUCUAAUCGAAAGCAGGGAAUACACAUUGCCCUGCAUUCUGGUUUAAGUCGGGUUUAAACUUUGGUAAGGGCAUCUAUGUUGGGUUCUUGAGAAGGAAACUUAAAUCUUACACUACACGACUUCCUGCGGACAGAAAAUUAAAACUUGGAAAUUGGAAAUUAUCAGGAAACCCGACGAAAAUGCACAAGGCUUGGCUACAAUCUUAACCUUACUUGUAAGGGUUAGUAGCUGUCUCAUGCAAUUGAAGCCGAAUUACAAAGACAUUUCAUAGCAACAGAUAAUAAAAAACAGCUCAUGCCGUAAAUUUUUCAUUUUAACUGAAAAGGAAACUCGACAUUUUAGCAGUGUGUAUUGGUCCUGGAGUGGAGGAAGACACUUUGCAUGAUAUCGCUGGCACAGCUGCUGUGAUUCAGGUGGAAAACUUCGAUAAGCUUGAUGAAAUGAUCCAAAAAAUCAUGGGAUCUGCUUGUGCGAGUAAAGUUUCGAGGCGGAUAUUAAGGAACCGGUCAUUAUUGAGUUGACGGUGUGGGGAAUAACGAUAUUAAAAACACAAAUUUCUUAAAAACGCAACAAAGUAAGGAUAGAAAAGCUGUCUACAGAGAGGAAAAAAGGGUGAAAAUUCUUGAACUUCUUCCCCCCUCCACCACUAAGAAAAAAACAAUGGUCGGUUAUUUACGUAACGUUCAAAUUUUCAUUCAUCAGAUCGCCUUUAGGAAAGAUGAAGAGAUGUAGCCUGGAGUUUUUUAUCUAUGACAGUCUUUUGAUUAUGACCAUUGAAUUUUCGUAUUUUGCAGAAAUAGCUUGGAGAACUGUGGUUGGGAACAUAUGAAACAAAAAAAUCACUUUAAUUAAAAAAAAAAAAGAAACAAAAGCUUUUGACUUUUCUACGAUUCUUAACUGUUGAUUAUCUUCCUACGCAAUACUUAUUAGUGUCUCAGUAAUCCAACAUUAUAAAAUACGUCUACAAUAUUCAAGUACCUUCCUCUCCCUGCUUUUUAUUUUUAUGAGGUCUACAUAAAAAGUUUCUUUGUUACAAAAUGCCAAGGUCAAUGUAAAAAUGUUUGCAUACACAGAAACAAAGUAAUUUGAUUGAUUUUCCGUCUUUUAUGUUCUCUCUCAUUCCAACGUAGCAACCUUCUUUGAUUCUUUUCCAGGAUAGCGAGGUUGGUAUUUCGAGACGGACAUGCGUACAUGAACCGUACAAGCCAACAGAAUUCUUAUGGAUGCAAAUGAUACUGAAAAUAAACUUUGUCAAAAAGGAAACUUUUGUCCUGUUCAUUUGUAAUAAAAUGACCAUGAAAUAAUUACGAAGCUCACACAAAGCUUAAAAGGGACCUGAUUCAAAUUAAAUUUAUAGAAGCAGCCAGAAAUCAAAUAAAAUUAAAUAAGUUAUACAUUUAACGUCUCAGGUUAGAAAGGGACAACAAUUUUUUUAAUUUCUUUAUCCGAACUUCAAGAUGUCGAAUUUUUGAAGAUAAAAGUUUCAAAACACAAGCACAAAAUAUACAAAAUACAAUUUUUUUCUAAUAUCAUGAAUAUUUCCGACGAUUUUCUAAAAUAGGUAAAUUUAUUGAGUAGAACCUUGCUAAACCGAACUGACCCCCUAUCACCUAAGUCGAAGUCGGUUAGCUCGAGCUCCCCUAACUUGAAUUAAUUCUGCUUUCCUCGGCUCAAACUUACCCUUAACAUCUUUAUGUACAAAAUUCAGGUCGAUAACCGUCAAAGUGUCAGAACAUAGCUUAUUGACAUGAGGCAGCGAACUAUUUUUUUUUCGAAAGCAUGGAUGGAAAGGGCAUAUAAGAAGUAGAAAACUAAAUUAAUUCUUUAAACAAGUACUAUACCAUAGCAAGUUUUGUUUAAAUUGUAUACAAUGUUAAACGAACGUAAAACCCCGUUUUAAUGUUUAUGUGUAUGUUAGGUGUACAGCUCUAUGUACACGAGCCACCCUACCACAGUCCGACCCCACAUACAAAAUAUAAGUUUAAGCACGCACGUCCGGCUGCAUGGCGGCACAUCCAUAGUCCCACGUUAACGUUGCUCCUGUUUACAAACAGCAAGCAGAAGAAAAAUGAAUUAAAAUUGAUUUUAGUCGCCGAGGUUGAAAAGAGACAAACAUAGGCAUGCUAUGCAUGCAAGAGUUAUUUUUUUGUGUAAUUUAGUGUUAACAACUGAGUUGAAAACCGUGGUAAAUUGGCCACCGUAAAGAGUAAAAAAGCUGACGUUUUGAGCGUUAGCCCUUCGUGAGAGCGAUAAACGAAGGGCCAACGCUCGAAACGUCAGCUUUUUUACUCUUUACAGUGGCCAAUUUACGUUUUCAACUCAGUUGUUAACACUAAAUUACCUGCUAUACUCUCCCACCGACGCAGCACCACAGUUUCUUUAGAAACUUACCCCCUUUAUUCAUUUGUUAUUUUUGGGGGGGGGUGGGUUGAUUACUUGAAACAUUGUAAUUGAUGUCUACAUUCUUACAAGAGGAAAGAAGAGUAUUAACGCGGAAAAGAAUGAAAAUGUCGAAUUAACUCACAAACAGGUAUUUUGUGGUAGAUUGUGUGUGUUGUGCGAAUAACUGUUACCAAAAAUAAACUGUAUUGGUGCCACAGAUACCUGUUGGUACAAAAUGCAGACUGCAGACCGGAUACAAAAUGUUGACUAGGUACAAAAUGUAGACUGAGAAUCUAAAGAGUUUUUUCGUCUGGUAUGUGAUAACAUGACAUCUUACAUCUUACCGAGCGUCAUGCAAUCGCUUUUCCGCGAUCAGCUUUCACGAUUAUUUGCACUAUUUUGGAAUAUUCCUGGCCCAUUUAUUGAUAAAAAUCGAUCGUAAUAUAAUUUCAAGCCUUCAUUUUGUCUUCUCACUUUGCGCGCGAGUUGUUGGUGUGAUGUCUGUAUAGAUUUUUUGUAGAUGUAAAUGUAAACGAGGUGUCACUGUUGAAUAUUUAACACGCGCAACAUUCGAGAAACAAUUGACAGCUUUUCACGUGGUCCUUAUUAUUAUCUUUUUAAGCAGUGUUUUAAUUUUGUUGACAAAAAUGCGGACCGAGACCAAAACUUUUCCUUCGACUAGAUAUAUUUUCGACGUUAGAAGAUCACAUUAUGUUAACUUACCUCCGUAAAUCAUUCACUCCAGAUAACAAAAUCAAAUAAACAUGCGAACGAUGAUAUCUGAAUUUGUCCUCGGCCAAACACAAACGACUCCACAAGAUCAGUUUCUCCAGGCAUCGAAAACAUACACAAAAUCGUCCAUAGUUAAUUUUGAUGAGAUAUUCAUCUAGAGAUAGCACCGAGCAAACCAAUCCAGAAAAAUAUAAUCGGCACACUCAACAAAUCAUGAAUCUUGCAACACAGCUUGCCGUUAAAGAACUGUUAAAAUCAAAUAUUUUUGGUGCACUUCAUCAACACCUCAAGCAUACUUGAUUCAAAAUUUUUCCACUCACUCUCGUCGUGAAGGAACAGUAAUCAUGAUCGUGCUGCAGUGCAUAGAACUCCAUUUUCUCUCGAACAACUAUCAACCAUUUUCAAAGUACGAGUAACACGUUUACUAUAGGUAAUCUGAUUUCUUUCAUCUGCCAGUAGUAUCGCAUUUCUCAUGAGGCGCAGUAAAAUACACGUUAAAAACACAGAAAAGCCAACAUUUCUCAUGCUAAAAGUUUAUUCCAUUUUACCGAACCGCUCUCUCCGAAUCCUCCAUUGCUUCGUUGAAAUUUGAACACCUCUCAAACCAAAGAACAAAAGCGACGCUUUGAUUGGUGCGAGAUACAUACCCUAAACGAUCUGAUUGGUGCGAGCAACGUACCAUUCUCUGUACGCUAACAUAAUUUUUAUUUUUUAUUUUUUUUAAUGAAAAAAAUAACUCCAAAAGCAAACAAGUAACUUACAAAAAAGACAGGAAUUGAUGCUGAAAAAAGUGUUGCUGAAUAUAAAAGAGAAUGUGAAAAAGGCAAAAGAAAUGGAUAUAAGGGAAGUCUGUCAAAAUGGGCUUUGGAAAAAGGCUAUGCUGAAAGACCCAAAUACAUAUAUCCGUUUGGUGGGUCCCUGGAUAUUCAUAAAGCUAUUGGCAAGCUACCAAAACCUAAAUCUGUUCGGACAUUGCCGGGAAAUCGUUAUACAGGGCCUUAUACCGAUUUAGAUUCGCAAGGAAAAUACAAUCCAAUAACGGAUGAAACUCUCGAAAUUUAUGACCAUCCAGCAGGCAAAGCAGAUACAAUAGCAAUGCAACAUGAAAUCAAUUAUACCGUUUUUAAAGAUGAUAGAAAAUAGAAGAAUAAAGCAGAAAGAAAAAUGGUUAAGGCACUAGACAAUGACUAGACACUAGGCACUAGACAAUGUGCCCUACGAAGAUCGCUAAUGAGGUCAUUGAUUAGCGAGAAAUAUGAUCGAUAAGAAACACCUGAACUUGGUUUAGGUGUUUCAAAACACGGAAAAGGCCGUCGAGUAAAGAAAUAAGUUGGCAAAAACAAUUAGCAGAAGAAUUACACAAUCCUUUAAAGAGGGAUUUUACUCGAAGGCGUGUUAUUUUGCAUCACAUAGAUGAAAUAUGGAGUGCAGACCUUGUUGAUUUGCAACAAUUCAGUAAAGGGUAUAAAUAUCUGCUUAUGGUUAUUGAUGUGUUCAGUAUAUAUGGAUGGAUAAAACCUUUAAAGGAUAAGUAAGUUGAAACUGUAAUUGAAGCAUUUAAGAACAUCUUUAAAGAAGGCAGACAACCACAAUAUCUAUGGGUUGAAUAAUAAUUAUAAUAAUAAUAAUAAUAAUGUAUUACUUAUAUAGCUAAAAAUACAUGUGGAUAUGAUCUAAUGCACUAAACAAUAAGACUAAGCAAAAUAAAAUAUGAAAACGAACUGUAAAAGGCUAAGAAUAUACAAUUUGACUAAUUAGAAACGAACUAUAAAAGCAAACAAGAAAAUGCCUGUCUAAAGAGAUGUGUUUUAAAACAAUUAAGAUCAUUUACUGCUCUUAUAUUUGAUGGCAAUCCGUUCCAAAGUUUAGGAGCAGAUGCCAUAAAUGAUCUAUCACCUAAAGUUUUCUUAGUUAUGAUCCUGGGUGGCAAUAAUUGUAGUUCAGACUGAGAUCGUAACAUCAUACGUCCGAAUUGCUGCUUAACGUUAAUUAGAUCCGUAAUGUACUGAGGUGCCAGCCCGUGGAUAGCCUUGAACGUAAAAUAAGUAAUUUAAAUUCAAUUCUGAAACAGACAGGUAACCAAUGCAAGGAAAACAAAGUAGAAGUUAUAUGAAAAAAACGAGAAAGGGAACAAACAAGUUGGGCGGCACUGUUCUGAAUACGUUGCAACUUGUUGAGACGUGCGGCUGGUAGACCAUGCAGCAAACCAUUGCAGUAAUCAAUACGUGCGGUGAUGAAUGCAUGAACGAGUGUUUGUGUGGAGUCUUUAGAUAAAUACUUUCUGAUGCGUCUGAUGUUAUACAGGUGAAAUGAAAAGGUCUUACACAUCUUGUUGAUAUGACAGCCCAUGUUCAUGUUUUCAUCAAACCACGAUCCAAGGUUUUUAACGGCAGUCUCAGGACUGAUAGUAGCGUCACCAACGACCAACCCCUUGAUGUCAACUUUAGCGAGCUGUUGUCUCGUUUCGAUUAGUAUAAGUUCUGUCUUACUAUCAUUUAAUUUAAGCUUGUCUUUAACCAUCCAACAUCUGAUGGCGCUGAUAUAGCGUUCCAUAGCGUCCACUGCGUUGCUUUGAGAAGAUGUAGUGUCAGGCUUAAAAGAUAAAUACAGUUGAGUGUUAUCUGCAUAGGCGUGUGUCCGAGGAAGAUGGCCUUUGAUGAUCUCAAAGAACUUGCUCGCAUACAUUAUGAAUAACAGCGGACCGAGGCAUGAUCCUUGGGGUACACCACAGGACAGAUAAAGACUCUGAGAGAAGUUAUUUUCAACAGAAACACAUUGUGUCCUGUCAGAAAGAUACGACGCGAUCCACUCUAAAGCAUAUCCACGUAUCCCAAAACUCAACCUAAGGCGAUUUAAUAGUACUUGAUGGUCUAUGGUGUCGAACGCGGCACUGAGAUCGAGUAAUACAAAUAGAGUUAUUUGCUGACGGUCCAUUUUCAUCAAGAUGUCAUUCUGAAUUUUUAUUAAUGCUGUCUCAGUGCUGUGCGAUUUUCUGUAGGCAGAUUGUAGUAAGGGAUAUAAGGCGUGGUCCAACGUGUGAGUUUGUAGCUGAUCAAAGACGGCGCGCUCAGUCAAUUUUGAGAUAAACUGUAAGUUACUAAUAGGGUAUAGUAGUAAGGAGUUCUAUAAUAAACAUCUCAAUAUGAACAAAAUCCAAUGUUGUUAAAGGAUGGAAUAGCAAAUAAAACAGAGAAUGUGGAAACAGUUUACAAUUCAAGGUAAUACACAGUAUUUAGACAUACUACCUGAAAUAUUGAAACAUUAUAAUGACACAAAGCACUCAAGCAUUAAAAUGACACCAGUGGAAGUAAGCACAAAGAAGAAGGAAGGAACUGUUUACUUCAAUCUAUAUGAUGAUAUGGAGCAGCUAUUAUCCAAACCAAAAUUCAAAGCAGGCGAUAAGGAUCGAUUAUCGAAGUAUAGAAGAAGGCAUUCGAUAAAAGGAUACACUCCAAUCUGAACAAAAGAGAUAUAUUUAUAGUUGAUAAAAUCUAAAACACUGCUCCAAUCACUUUCAAAAUAAGAGACUUGAAUGGUGAAAAAAUUAACGUAAGUUUCUAUACUGAAGAAUUGUUAAAACCAAACCAAGGUUUGUUCAGAAUUGAUAAAGUUAUUCGGGGAGAUUACAGAAGGAAACAAGCUUUUUUAAAGUGGAAGGGAUACAGUGAUGAUUUCAAUAGCUGAAUACCAAUGAAGGACUUACAAAAUUUACCAAAACAUAUACAUGGAACUUUGUCAACGUUUAAAUGCACCAAAAAAUACACAAAAAAUAUAGCACAAUCUAGUAUGCAUAGUAUUUGGGAAAACAUGAAAAGAGAAAAAGAGGUGUACAGAUAAAAUAUAAUACUGAUGAGGAAAGAAAAGACGCUAUCCGAAUAUCGAAGACAAAAUAUAUGCUCAACAAAGAGUGGUAUCGUGAUGUUUGUAAAAACGGUCAUACUUAUUUGUUGGCUAGCAAAUGGAAGCAUAGAAAAGACAAGAUGCAUCAACGCAACAUAAGUGAUUGAACACUUUUUUAACUUUGAAUUAUCCACAGACUUGUUGUUAUAGCUUUGAUGUGAGAAAUUCCCACAAGGCGGUUCAAGGUCGAGCCGUGAAAAUAUAAUUUUCCUUCUUAUCUUGGUUUUGUUGUUUACUGAUUAAAAUGCAACGGUUGGGAAUAAUGCUGUGAAUAUGUAAGUUCUUUACAAACACGCUGAGACAGAAUUUUGUUUGCAUCAUUUAUUUUUAUGAAGAAAUUUUUUAUGACCUCGAUGGACAUGUGUAACUUUACCCUCCUGAGGGCAAACUAGGAAAAUAAAAUAAAGCAAUUGUGAUAAGUUCUCCUUCUCUUUCAGCAUUAAUUUCUUGUUAAAAACGAUAAGCAUUGUGGUGUUUAACACUUAACACGUUGUUUUCAAAUUAAACAAAUGGGGUUCCUACACUGAUUGGACGUAACGCUCUCCACAUUGGUGAAUUAUGUGAUAUUCGCUAUUUGAUUGGCUCUCAGCUUCUUCGACCACCUUGUGAAAGAAAAUUUAUGUGGCGCUUUUUUAGUGCAAGUCUCAGUAUGAUAUAGCAAAUAAUAGUUAUAAUAGUACGGUAUAGUAUAGUACAGUACAGAGCAAUGUAUAUUAUGGCAUAGAAUACGGUACAAUGGAAUGAAAAAAUAUAUAAUAUUAUAACACAACGUGCGCGCAAGUCCUACCUAAUUCCUAAGGAGCUACCAGAGUAAAAAUCAUUAUGUAUCACUUCGGCUGAAAGCUUCCGUCGAGUUUAGUCGCGAGGUUUCAAAACUUUUAAGAUUUCUCUCACGUUUCAUCCCGAUUGAGAUAAACUUUUUGGAGCUCAAAAUGAAAAGAGAAUAUACUAAAUAAUACUCGUUUCGACGAUGGGGACUCUUCCUUAAAUCGGUAAAUGUUGUGUUGAUAUGUUCCAAAACUGUGUUUUACAAUAGUAUAUUUUUUUUGAAAUCGUACAAUUUUCAGAAUUUUUAAAAUUAACCUACGCACGUUUUUCUGGUUGCAGAUUCUAGUAAACAACAAUUCAAGGAAAGGAAAUAUACCAUGCGGGAUUCGUUAAUGCAAGAAAUUUGAGAGAUUUUGCUUCAUUUUUCGAACAAUUGAUAUUAAUUUCAAGUGUCAAUAUGUCCUGGAAAGUAUUGUUCAAUAAUUUUAAAGUCAUACAAUUUUAAAAUUUCCAAAAUUUUCAACACAAACGUAAGCAAUCAAUUCCUGGCUUUGAAUUCUAAUAAACAACGAUUCAGCAGCUGAUGGCAAUAUUUUCCUCCGAUGACUCUUGAGCUAGUUAUCAACGUGGAUUAAUUUCUCGUUAGCUUCUCUCUGGGAAAGACAUGGCAACCCUAAAAAAGGUACUAUCUUUAAUCAAACAAAAAUAAUCACUGUAAAUAGAUAUCCAAAAAAUGAAAAAAAGGGGUAAGUUUCUAAAGAAACUUUUGUGCAGCAUCGGUGGUGAAGUAUAACAAGAUAAUAUGGUUUAAUCAACUGAGCUGAUAACGUGAAUUGGUCAAUGUAAAGAGUUUCUAAAGUUAACGUUUCGGGGGUAGCCCUUCGUCAGAGCAAAUAAAGGAAUUGUAGGAUGUGCGUGUUUUAUCAGCAGAAAGUAGAGCUACGCCACGUGUCAAACAAUUGGCUUGUUUGUAGGAAUAAAACCAAUAAUAAGGAAAUUCUAAUAUUGCCUUUUGAAUUUGAAAAAAAUUGCUUGAUUAGUAGCUAUUAUCAAGAGUAGAACAAUGAAAAAAUUUUUAUAAGAUAAUUAUAAUUCUUGCCUAUAAAAGCUGCUUUUGCGAGCCUUCGCAAUCGAUAGUCUGCCGUUCCAAGAGGAAACUCCUGAUAGAAGGCCAAAGGUGAGUUUGUUGUUCGGGAAACUCUUUUCGUCCUUUGUUACCAUCAUUUACAUUAUUUUACACUUAAAAUUCUCACUCCAAAAGCCACUUGUAGUACUAUUAAUGCAAAGAGGAAACUAAUGAGAGUAUCAUAGCCAAGUGGUUGACCUCUAGCACUAAGCACUUUGGCUCUGACUUUCCUGUAGGUGAAGGGUAUAUCAGUACGUGCGACAGGCAUUGCUGCAACGUUUUUUAGCACAGUUGUUUGGUUUCCAAUACUUUUCCCAAAUUUCAGUUUUCUUUUGGUUUUUAUGUCCAUUUUCACCCUUUGUUUCUUUCCUUUCUCACACCAUGCUAUAAGUUCUCUGGUAAUACAUGAGUGUGCUAUCAGCUUUUGGCCUUGCAUUUUGAAUGCAGUCUUUGUCAAUAAUACCAAAACAGAGAAGAAACUUAUGCUCGAACAUGAUGGCAAAAGGCAGAAGUCGUGUGCCUUUUGGUACUUGCCUUCUUUGGGCUUAACGUAUUCAUUCGAUGUAAUGCCCGGGGCGCUUAUUUACCUAUGGUAACCCAAUGGUAAGCGUUCAUUAGGAGCAGGGCGCACAUUUUACGUUUUAAAGAUAUAGCAGAGUGUGCGAAAAGAAGUGUUAAUGUUUCAUUGAAAAGGCUAAAAUAUAAUGAAAAACGUAAUUGUUAUUCUUCCUGGUUAAAACAAACAGCCAAGCAAUUGCCGCAAAAUUUGAAGACGGGUCAUUCGUUCGAAGGAACUGCGUGCUGACGUAGGCAUAAUAGUUGAGAGACUGACACGUUGACCGUUGUUUUUAAUUUGUAAUGAGGCUCUAAGUGAACACUUAAGUGAAGAUGAACCAGGGUUGAUCUCAAUGUACAUGUGCUCCGAUGGUGAUAUUACUGAAAUAGAAAAGAGGCUCAUAUUGGAAUAUAGGUGCUUAUUAACAAAAACAAAUUCUAAGGGAACACUUAUAGGAGAGAGAGUGAAUGUUUUUACCGAGAUGGGGGCGCUAAGUCAAGUCAAUACGCUAAAAUACUUGCAAAAUUUCUAUUCAAAGAAAGGAGAACAUGAUUGGAGAUAAUUUCAAAGGAGGACUUCUUCUAAGAAUUUCUUUUUCAAAUUAUUUAGUUUUUUUUUUUCAAUCGUUUAAAAGUUAGUAAGCAUGGAUGUUUGCGAGAGUAAAAAGCUCUUGCUUGACAGCUUACGUAAAACAAGAGAGAACAAAAAGACAAAAGAACCGGAAAACAAUAAAAUAGGUUAAGGAGGCGGUGUUCUAUUGUAACGUGCCCUUUGUCUCCAACACCAAGAAGGUGCCGUGUGUCCAGAGAAGGAGAAAAUUAUCGUGUACAAGGAAAGUAAAAGGUCGCCAUUUUAAAGGAACCCUUUUUGACUUGAGCCAAUUUAAAGUUGUACAUGCAGAAACUAAUUCCUUUACGAACACUCUGCUCUUAAAACAUAAUCGUCCUCUUCUAAUUCCGUUAAUGAAAUUUAUUUUAUCUCAGGCAGUUUCAUACACGUCAUUCAUUUUAAGUUUUGCGGGCCCUUAAGCUUUUAAUGUCCUCUUGUAGGUCUCUUUGCUAAAGUCACACUUCUUUGCUUUUUUUUUGCAGAGUUUGAGUGGUUUUAAUAUGAAGUUCCUGUGGCUUGUCAUCGUCGUGGCAUUCAGCGUAUCUUUAGGUAAAAAACAAAAUCAGAACGUUAGCACAUGCACAAAGUUAUUAGACUUAAUUAUUUUGAAUCGUUUAAAUUGAUAACAUUGUGCCUGUAUGGGUCUCUUGUCUAACAUGUUUCUUCGUCUAAAUCCUCUCCACAGAGAAAUCUUCCGUAGAAGGUCUGUAUGCGUAAUUUUUUUUUUUUGUUCUAAGCGAAUGGUGAUGACGAAUUUAUCUCUAACUUAUUAAAACGAAUAUAUUUCGUCUGUUAAAAGUCUCAUCCAUUUUUCCUUCAAAGUUAAAUUGAGCAAAAAGUGAAUCAGUUCUGAUACGUAUUGCCCGUAGACAUUUUGCAUGCAUAAAUCAUUCAGAUGAACAAAAGUUAGCAGAAUGGAUUAACCUUCAUUAUUUCGACUUCGUCGUCUUUCACUACCAUUCAUUAGAGACCUUAAGGAGUCAGAAUGGCAACACCAUGGAAGAUGUAGAUGACAAAUUCAUUUAUGAUUUAGUUAGAAUUUGGCGAAUGGCUGUAUGAGUUUACCGUCUCUUACGUUAAACUCAACUUCAGCGCAAUGUAAGUGAGCGGGGUAAAAUUUCCGCACAGCCCCACAAUACAUUGUGCAUUCAGUUCUUGGAUAGAGAAAACAAUGACAAAAACAAUACAUUGCCAUUGGGAAAACAGACUUGUUUUACAAUAGUAUGGAGCUGUGCGGAAAUUUUACCGUGGGCGGCGUUGAGUUCCAAAUGGAAGCUUAAACAAUUUCCGUCAGGGUUACCUUUUUCAGUCCACGCACAUUUGGUAAUUUCGCGCUGUUGUUUUGCAGAGGACGGUUUAGAAAUGCAUAAAGUUUUAAAACGCACUUUCUGAGCCAUUAUUCUGCAAUAAGCAUCUUUUUUUUGCCUCAUUUUCGUUGCCGUCGCCUUUGUGGUUUGCAUAGACAUUGAAGAAUCGAACGCAAUUAAGUUCGAAUAAUUUAUUGUAAUGAUAAUGAUGAUCAUUUUACUUUACCAAGAUGACUUCGUCAGUAUUUGAGUACUGUUAACGAUAGGGAUCCUUAAAAAGAUUGAAUAAAAAUGCUUUUGGGAUUAUACAGCAGUUUAACAUUUAUUGGGAAAAUACCGCUGAAAAAUCGAGUUGAAAUCUAGGAAAAAAAAAAUAUAAAAUUUUUUCAAAUGACUGCGUAAUUCUGAUUCUUUAAAAUAAAAAUAUUUCUCAUUCUAAAGAGCAAUAAAUUCUCUCCAUCUCUCUACUGAUGGAUUGAAUAAGCUUAUCGUUUAAAGAUAGCUUUCUAAAAAGAAUUUAAAAUAAAGGUAUUUCUUGUUAAGACAUAAACUUAAUAUUCUAUGAUCGUUUAUAGGUGGAUGUCUUGAUCAGAAAAUGGAUAUCGCCAUUCUCGGUGACGUGUCCAAGAGCAUGAACAAGGACCACCGAAAUAAGUUAAGACAACUGGUUUAUUCAUUGGUGAACAAACUAGGGGUUUCUGCUGCAGGAAAUCACUAUGCUCUUGGCACUUUUGGAUCAUAUGUUCCAAUUCACUUCUACUUGAAUUCAGGAAGAUACCACAACCCAAAAAACUUAAAGGACAUGGUUAAAGCCCGUUUUAAUUUUGUUCCAAAGUUAGCGGGAACACGCACUGAUCUCGCCAUGAAAAACGCGUUAAAUAUAUUUACCAAAGAAAAAGGAGACAGGCCUGACGCUAAGAAUAUCUUGUUCGUCUUUACUGAUGGAGCACCGUUCAUUGGCGAAUGGGAUAAGAGAAAACGGACUCCUUUUGGACCGUCAACAAAUGCUCUGGAGGUAAUAUAGCUAGACUGUUGUUACUUACAUGCAGCAAGUGUGUUUAAAAUUACCUUUUUAAUUGUAUCAGUCUGUAGUUUUACAGAAUUCAAUACCUUUCCCCACACCCAAGAACACCAAAGUAAAAUAUCAUGGAGGCGACUGUGAAAACAAAACUAAUUCAUGCACUGGUGAGCGAAGAGAAAUGCCGAAGAAAAACCCCUACAUUAUUCUGAUUGAUGUUUUGAACUUUCACCUGACCAGGCCAGAGGUGUGAGCAUAGUUGUUAUUGGAGUUGGUAAGGACUUAUACAAAAGAAAAGAACAAAUGAAAUGGAUAGCUGGCAAAAAGGGAAAAGUUCUUCUGUAUGGCAGCUUCGACGCACUCAUCAAAAGUCUGAACCAGAUCCUGCAAGCUACAUGCCGUAAGUUUAUCAGUGGUUUCCUUUAAAUGUGUCUCUUUGCUGAUUUCUUUCCUGACCCUUACGUCGAAAACGAUCAUUCUCAUUUAGUAAAGAUUGAUGUUUCUUUCUUGAUGACCAUAAGCUUGGAACUAGAUAUGAUUUCGAUGGUCAAGACGAAGUUUAGGUGCACUUAUAGUAAUAUUCCUUGUAGGUAAAAAGAGAAAAAGAAUACUUUAAAACAGCUAAAGCUUUUCUAAGCUUUCGCUAAUUCUGGACCACAGAAAAACAAAUUUAAAUUUUGGAUUAUUGUUCUCUAUCAAAGCUGUUGAUGGGGGAUACACAGAUUGGUCUGAGUCGAAGUGCAGUGUGACGUGUGGAGGAGGAGUGAAGACACUUACAAGAAGCUGCACCAACCCCCCGGCAUCUAACGGUGGGAAGGACUGCAGUCAGCUUGGACCAGCUAAAAAGACUGUUCCAUGUAACGAACAAAAAUGCUGUAAGUUUUUUUUGGUAGCAAUUUUCUGUUCUUCCCUUUUUAUAAGAUUUAGUCCCAUCAUGCUGGCGGAAGCUAGUAUUCAUGUGUUACAGAGUUCUGAAAAGUGACCAUUCUCGUUUAGUAAAGGUUGAUCUUUCUUUUCCACUAUACAGCUGUUGACGGGGGGUACACAGAUUGGUCUGAGUCAAAGUGCAGUAUGACGUGUGGAGGAGGAGUGAGGACAUUUACAAGAACCUGCACAAAUCCCCCGCCAUCUAACGGUGGAAAGGACUGCAGUGAACUUGGACCAGCUAAAAAGACAGUCCCAUGUAACGAACAGAAAUGUCGUAAGCAUUCAUUUCACAACUUUCUGCCUUAACUUAUCUGUUUAAUGGAAUUGAUCAUCACAAGCUUGCAACUAGAUAUGUUUUAGAUGGUUGAGACGAAGUUUAGGUUCACUUAUAGAAAUGUUUCUUGUAGGCGCAGAUAAAAACAAUUAUUUAAGGCAGCUGAAGCUUUGCUAACCUUUCGUUUACAUUAAACUAAGGCCAGCUAAAAAGACAGUUCUACGUAACGAACAAAGAUGCCGUAAGUUUUUUUUUGCAGCAAUUUUCGAUUGAUCCUGUUUUUGAGGGGUUAAAGCAUCACAAGGCGUGAAACUUUGAUUCAAGUGUUUACGAAAAGCUAAUGCAGAACCUAUAGAAAUAUCCAAUGUAGAUCGAGAUUAAAAAGUUUAGAGUGUUGAAGCUUUGCUGAGCUUUUACGUAUAACAAAUAGGGCAUGCACCACAAGAAACAAAUUCAAUUUAGUAUCAUGUUUCUUUUUAAAAGCUAUUAAUGGAGGAUACACUGAUUGGUCUGAGUCAAAGUGUAGUAAGACGUGUGGAGGAGGAGUAAAGACGUAUACAAGAACCUGCACCAAUCCCCCUCCAUCUAACCUUGGAAAAGACUGCAGUGAACUGGGACCAGCGAAAAAGACAGUUCCGUGCAACACACAAGAAUGCCGUGAGUAAUUUUACAACAGUUUUCUGUUUCCCCUUCUCUUUUUAUCAAAGUGACUGACUACGAGAUCUACGUAUCAGUAUAUGCCAACACGGUCAAGACACAUCCCUUCUGCAAAACGAAAAAAAAUUGUAUUCAUCAGUUUAUUCGUCAAUACAAUUCUUAGACUUCUGCUAAUCUAAGGCGUAUUGGCCCUAAAGAGUGAACACUACAUUCCAAACAGGUGCGCGUUAGAAAAAGUUCUCAAAAUUUUGAACCCUUAGUCUGAUCCAUGAUGUGCUUAUCGAUGGUCAGUUCUUCGCAAAGGUACAAUAGUAGAUAUUGAUAUUGGGCAAAUUCACGCCAACCACCUCUCCCUCGCAGCAAAAUUUUCACAUUAAUAAUCUCCUGAUCAGACACGAGCUCUACCACGUAGCUUCGGCCUAAGUCCCUCAGCAAUGCCAAAAACAAUACGAUUACUGCUUGACGCUUAAAGCCGAGCUGCAAGAUUAGACCAUUUCUUGAUAAGUUUCUUCUAUAACCCGGAAAAGGCACAAGACAUCCAAGAAAAUUCAUCAAUUACCUAUACUUUUCAGACGACACGGCACUACCUUUAAGUAUUGUUUAAGAUGCUUAUUCACCUUUACGUUCUUCAAGAGCACACGCCGGAAUAUGAGAUUACAAAAAGUUUUUAUUUACCAGCAAUGACCCAAACAUGUGUACCAAAGCCAGGAAACCUGAAAUCGAAUGGAAAACCUUUUGUAUACUCAGUCCACUUGGUUAUUUGCAAGCGGCUUAGACUUGGGAAUGCAAAGGAAAAAAUUUGUUUUGGGACACUGUCGAGAAUUGAAACAAAGAGUCCUUAGACUUAAAAUUAUCUGAUUAAGCCGCUCAAACAUCACUUUUUACCUUAGGUCACACUGCAAUGUGCUGUGAAAUUAAGUUACAAAAGAAUAAAAAAUUAAAGAUAUCUUAGAAAUAUCACUGGCUGUACAACGAAAGGCUUGUAAUAAUGUUUUGAUGUUGCUUUACGACUCAGAUAUCACUUAUGGAAUUUGACGUCUUUCCUCAAGUUAUUUUACUUUUAAUCUCCACAGUACCUCCAUGCACAGCUGGACUUGAUAUUGCAAUCGUUCUCGACAAAUCCCAGAGCGUUAAAUUAGGUAAUCUGAAAACGGUCAUCACCUUUUUGGGCAAUCUGGUUAAAAACUUCGACCCUUCACCUGAGGCAGAUCACUUUGGCCUUAUUACCUUUAACAAAAAAGCACAAAUGUCUUUCAAACUCGGUGAUUCACGAUAUCAUGAUAAAGACGCCUUGCUACAGAAAAUAGCCAACGAACCAAUGGUCUUAAAGUAUCAAACUCGCACCGAUCUGGCUCUUAUUAUGGCGAGGGACGAGAUGUUUACUGAGGGAGGAGGAGACAGACCAGACAAACCAAAUGUCAUGAUUGUACUUACAGAUGGAAAACCAACUCAUCCGAAAAAUGACUUUGAUUUUAAAGCAUUUGCCAACAUAAUAUCCGAGGAUUUCACGGUGAGUGUAAAAUCACGUUAUCGGGUUAUUAAUUAAGCGUUAUUAUACCUUUAAUGUGGUUUGUUGUAUAUUGAGAAAUAUCAUGCGCCAAUUUCUAGUUGAGGUGUAACGUUCAUUUUCAAUAUUCUUUCGUGUUAAGGUACUAGAUGCAAUGCGCUAGUUUCUUUCGUUGAAUACUUCCCAUUUCACCUGCGAUUUAUUAAUCAGUAGAUCAGCUGCGGAAUCGAUUAUUAUCUAUACAGCAAUUUCUGAAGGAUUCCAAUCAAAAGCAGGGAAUACGCAUUGCCCUGCAUUCCGGUUAAAGUCGGGUUUAAACUUUGGCAGGGGCAUCUGUGUUGAAAGAAAAAGAAAACUCAAAUCUUACACUGCACGACUUCCUGCGGACAGAAAAUUAAAACUAUCCCAUUGGAAACUAUCAGGAAAACCCGACGAAAAUCUAUAGGGCUUAGGCACAAUCUCAACCUAACCCGUAAUGGUUAAUAGCUGUCUCAUGCAAUUGAAGCCGAAUUACAAAGAUAUUUUAUGGCAACAGAUAAUGAAAAACAGUUGAUGCCGUACAUUUUUUCAUUUUACAGAAAAAGAAAGUCAACAUUGUAGCAGUGGGUAUCGGUCCAGGAGUGGAGGAAGCCACUCUACACGAUAUCGCUGGCACAGGACCUGUGAUUCAGGUGGAAAACUUCGAUAAGCUUGAUGAAACGAUCCAAAAAAUCAAGGGAUCUGCUUGUUCGGGUACAUUUUCGAGGCGGAUACUAAGGAACCGGCCAUUAUUGAAUUGACGGUGUGGGGAAUAACGACAUUAAAAACACAAUUGCUUAAAAACAAAACAAAUUAAGGAGAGAAAAACUGUCUACAGAGAGAAAAAAAGGGUGAAAAUUCUAAGACUUCUUCCCCUCUCCACCACCAAGAAAAAAAAAAUUAUGGUCGGUUGCUUACGUAACGUUCAAAUGUUUGCACACACCGAAACAAAGUAAUUUAAUUGAGUUUCUGUCUGUUAACUUCUCUCUCAUUCCAACGUAGCAACCUUCUUUGAUUCUUUUCCAGGAUAGCGAGGUUGGUAUUUCGAGACGGACAUGCAUACAUGAACCGUACAAGCCAACAGAAUUCUUAUGGAUGCAAAUGAUACUGAAAAUAAACUUUGUCAAAAAGGAAACUUUUGUCCUGUUCAUUUGUAAUAAAAUGACCAUGAAAUAAUUACGAAGCUCACACAAAGCUUAAAAGGGACCUAAUUAAAAUUAAAUUUAUAGAAGCAGCCAGAAAUCAAAUAAAAUGAAACUUAAGCAAUACAUUUAACAUCUCAGGUUAGAAAGGGACAACAAUUUUUUCAAUUUCUUUAUCCGAACUUCAAGAUGUCAAAUUUUUGAAGAUAAAAGUUUCAAAACACAAGCGCAAAAUAUACAAAAUACAAUUUUUUUCUAAUAUUUCCGACGAUUUUCUAAAAUAGGUUGAGUAGAACCUUGCUAAACCGAACUCACCCCAUAUCACCUGACUCGAAGUCGGUUAGCUCGAGCUCCCCUUAACUCGAAUUAAUUCUACUUUCCUCGGCUCAAAUUUACCCUUAACAUCUUUAUGUGUCAGAACAUAGCUUAUUGACAUGUCCUAGUCUUUUAUCACCUUUGUUGAAAACAGUAGUAACUGAAAGAAUAAAAAAAUAUAUUUUUCAAAAAGUAUUGAUGCAAAGGGCAUAAAUGAAGUAGAAAACUAAAUAAGUUCUUCAAACAAGUACUAUAUUACAACCAAUUUUUUUUCAACAAGAAAUUUGAAAAUUGUAUACCGCGUAAAACCAACGUAAAACCACGUUUCAGUGCUGUUGUGUAUCUUACGUGUACAGCUCUACGUACACGAGCCUCUUUACCCACCCACCGACCCCACAUACAAAAAUAGUAAUUUAAGCAUGCGCGUCCGGCUGCACCGCGGCUCAUCCGCAGUGCCACGUCAAUGUUGCUCCUGUUUGUACAGAGCCAAAAAUUCUCGUAAUAAAUGUCCUUGCAAAUAGCAAGCCGAAGAAAAGUGGAUUAAAAUACAGAAGAAAAAUUCAUUACAAUUGACUUCUAGAAGCCGGGGUUUAACAGAGACAAAAAAUAAUCAAAUAACUUGCAAAAAGAUCGGAACAUAGCGAAGCAACAUUUAUGCAACCAUCGGCAUCAUCACUGAAUAGAAAUCGAGAAAUAUGACAAAGGGUAACGGGAAAUAGAUCAUCAAAAAGAAUGACUUGAAAGACUAUAGCCGUAUAGUAAUAUGGGAUAAGAAGGUCGUAGAAAACCUGUAAAAAAAGUAGGUUAAAAUCAUCGUUACAUGUUUUUCAUGAAUUGCGAUGAAAACAAGUAAUCAGGAGGAAGAAUAUGAUCAACAAGUUGAUAUUAAAAAAAGAAGGAAAGAAAGACUGUUCAUCAAAGUGAUGUUAUGUAGUAGUUGAGGGUCCACUGUAAAUUGUUGGAGCCGUGACCUCCACUGUCAUAUUAGGAAGCACUUCAAUCAUUAACCAUCACUGUCGCUCAGCCCAGAUGAGAACACAACCCUCUCAUUCCUUUAUGAUAAAAAGGAUUAUUAAUGUAAACGUGCGUUCUGUGCAUCAUGAGAAAUAUUGUAUAAAAGCAAUAGGAAAUUUUUUUCCGUUUUUACUCUGUGUUUUCUUAACUCUUGCAGGGUUGAAAGUUUUGUAAGCCUUUUACCGCUUCUCGGGUUUGCAUAUUUUCCUCGAGUUUAGAUGAUUUUGAAGAUUUAGAUGUGUUUAGAAAAGGCUGGAUUUGUCCACGAGUGAACCUGAUAUCAACAAUACCUAUUGAGACAUGGAUCAUUCGUAAUGAUAGAAAAAUAUAAUCAAUACAUUGGAAUUCGUCCUCGCAUUUUGAAAAUUUGCUGGAGUAGCUGGCAUUUGAUAGUUGUAUUGCCAUGAUGAAAUAAGAUGCAAGUAUAUAAUCAUUCUUUGUUUGCGAUCUAAACAAUACAGGAACGUUCUUAUCAUUCCUUGGUUACAGUGGCUCAAUUAUGGCCUAAAAUUCUCAUAUCAUAUUUCCGUUCAACUGGGUCAUCGUAGCAACGUUAUAUCUUUUGAAAGCACAGAAUUAAGACUCAGCUCUAUUAAAUUGCAACUCCGUUAGAGAAAUUUCGGUGGCGUUAGUUUUUAUUGACAUAAGCUAUCUAGGGGAGAGAUAAAACUCUACAGCAUCCUUUGCAGAAUCCUAUCAGAGAGAACGGCAACAAACAUUAAUUAUCUAAAGCUCCAACGUUAAGCCUGGCUAAUUUUAUAGAUUACUGACAUAAAGACGUCUUUUUAAAACCAAAUGAUAAAAAGAACUAAAAAUUAACAAUACCUAAUCUGACCAAGGCUCGUUUGUAUGAAUAGGAGAAAUAACAAAGAAAAAUUUUAAAUUUAUUUUUGCAUUUUGAAAAAAGGUUUUUGAUUAACAGCUAUAAUAUUGCCAUGAUAUCAAGAGAAUCACUUUUCAUUUGCGAUCUAAUAAGAGUAAGGUAUUAUGUCAACAUUUCUUGCUUAAAAUGACCCAGCUUGGUUUGUUUUUGGGAACUUUUUUUUACAAUAAAACAUUUGUCAAGUACUUGUGAAAAAAUCUUCGUGGCAGGUGUGACGCGGCGUUCCGUCUCGGCGAAGAGACUCGUCAGAUACUUUUCGGAACAGUCAAGCAAACUCGUUGAGCAACGCGCUCAAAGUUCCAUUCCUAAUUAAAGAUCUUAACAGUCUGACUCUCUAUCACAGAAGGAUUUCCUACUGCACGCUCACGGGUUACAAUUAAAAAAUUGUCAAAUACGUGACAAAAAAUUCUUCGUGGCUGGUAUGACGCGUUGUUUCGUCUCGGUCAAUUGGUUUGUUUUAAAUUACAAUUUUUACAAUACAUUCUUCUGUAAAUGUCAGUGAAAAUCCGUUCUACAUUUCCCGAUCACCAAGGUGGCUUUAUACCAAGAAGAUUCAUAUUUUCAAACUUUGUAGAAAGAGUAAUAUCAAUAAGCUGAUUGAAAUUGUAUGUAUGACAAAGCCGAUACAAUUAAAACUUGGUUUUGAGCCGAAGGAACGCCUAGCUAAAUUUAGGAAACGUAAUCCGUUUUUGAAAAGACUUGCAUUAUCUACUUAUGAGAAGGAACUUUUAGGAUACCAUCGCUGAACUGGAGCAAUAACACUGAAAACUAGAGGCGAUAAGUACGAGAUGUCUAAUGAGCAGCUAAUCAUAAAAAAAGGUUAUUUCAUUGCGAUAGACGUAAAUUUCAUGAGGUCUGCGGUCAUAGUUUGCGUAACUCGGGGCUGGGGAUGAGAAGUAUCCUUUGUAUCAUAUUAUAGAUACUUCUGAAUGCAUGGUGCUGGUUUUCUUUAAGAAAAGAAGUCUAAUGGUAUGCACUCGAAACUUCAGCGAGCCACAUCAGACGAGACGAGACGAGAAAGGCCAUAAUAUGUCAUUACCAGCGUAUUCACCAAGGUGAAUAGCACAAUUUAGGGUUAUUUUUGAUUAUUUGCUUAAAAGCCUUCCAAUUAUCUAUAAGAGUUGCUAUAAAAGAGCUUAGCCGUGCAGAGAUAACCAUUAGGAGAUCGAUCACUUGGCUCUCGUUAAGAAGAAACCAGAAACGCAAAUUAACGUUCCAUAGACAGGAGGUAAGCUCAUCUUAAACGCGCCACUCUAUUGAUCGUUCUUAUCGUAAACCCUACUUGAAAAUGUCUUUCUUUAAAACAACUGAGACUUCUUUUCGGAAAAAAUGCUUUGCUCAAUAUUAUUCUGAUAUGCUUGUCUUUAUGGUUUUCAGUAGACUUGUUAAGGGUGUGCCUUUUGACAUGGUAUGAAAAAUCCGAAGGUGCCUUGUGAAAAUGUCUCUCUUCAGGAGUUCCUUGAGCCUUUUCGAAAGAAUCUAACAGAAAAGAAAUGUUUACUAACUGAAAUCGUCUUUCAAUGGACUGGUUAGGCCAGACAGUUUGAUUGAUGGUAAAGCCCUUCGUUGAAAAAUGACUUUACACAAGCAACGAACAGUAAAAAAAAUAUGGGCAUUAGAGUAUCAUUAGCAAUAGAGCAGUCAUUUUCUGAUAUCAGCUGGGGAUAAGGUGCUGUUCCUCAAACAAGUUAAGGAUUAUGACAAUUUAUCCUCCCAAGAGUCAAUAUCAGAGAUAUAAAAAGGAAAAAUGCCUCCUGCGAAAUUAUUCUUUUUCUCAAAUCUGUUUUCAUAUACUAUAUUAAGGCUUAUGUUCCUCUUGGAUUCCAGUAGAGUGGAAAAGAUCUAAAACUAUUCAGCUCCCCAAUUUGAAAACGCUAAGAGGGUAACCAGUUCUCGAGCCUUUCGACAGGAACAUAAAAAAUCUUAAUUGUGGGUGUACCUUUCUAUCCCCAAGUCAACUAAAUUUCUUUGUUGUAUCGAAUUUGCUGUGAGCUCCCAAACCCAACGAAAACGAAACAUAUCUGUAGUAUGUCACAUUUCUUAUUACAGCCUGGGGUUUACCCACCUUCAUGAGUGAGUGGGUUUAUUUUUAAAAUCAACAACUAUUCCCAAACAGUACAUAUCCAAUCUACUCGCAGAUAUAUGUCGUCAUACUCUUUUUUUUAUUGUUUCCAGAUUUCAGGUGAAUAAAACAUGAGAACUCUGUGGGUUUUCAUCAUUGUCGCAUUCAGCCUCUCUUUGGGUAAGAAAAUCUACAAAUUAUGAUGAGAAUAAAAACAAAAAAUCCAACAGUUCAUAAUAUUCUGGUGUUAAAGAUGACUAACGCGUCUCCAAUUGUGUUCCUCUUUACAGAAAUAUCUCUGGCCAAAGGUUUGUACAUCUUUUUCAUAUUCUAAAUUUACUUGCUGUCUCUGCGAGACCCAGUCUUCAAGAAUCAAGGUGGCGCCGCUCUCAUGACUUAAACAACAGAUAAACUAGUUAUAUAAUAACGCUUUCAAUCAGGAGUGCGAUGUGAUCCAAACAGAAUGUAAAUUACAAGACGUUCUAUCUAGUUUUCUAUCCUAUCUGCGCGGAGCUGCGUUAGAAUGCGCCAUUGUACCGAUAUUGUAGUAUAGACCACGUGAAUAUGAAAGCAAUCUUCGCAGUGAUGAACGCUACUUCAGCAGUAGUGAAAAUAAGGCCGGAAAAAUUUUGGGUCUGCACGGGAUUUGAACCCAUGACCUCUGCUAUACCGUUCCAGUGCUCUACCAACUAAGCGUACAGGCCAACUGGAAGCUGGUCAUUACGUUGGUUCCAAAUAAACCCGUGAAGCGGUGAAUAAACGACUGUGAAUAUAGGAAAGUCAUAUAUUCACAGUCGUUUAGUAUAGACAAUGUUCUCGCUCGAGAGUGAAAAAUUUGUGUUCCAAUCACACGUUUUCCUGUGAGCUAACAAAUCUUGUAAGCAAAACAAGUCAUUUUCCUUAGCCAAACCAUAUCACAGGCUACAUAUCCUAGAUCACAGAUCUCAGCUCAGAUUUCAGGAAUGAAAUCUAUAAAACGAAUAUUUGGAGUCAAACCUUUGCUUAGCUAGAAUGCACUCAAGGAACAUUCCACACCAGGACUUAACAAGAUUUUCGAGAUGUAUAUUAUACCUGAUAGGGUUAGCCAUGAACUGAAGAACUGUUUUCAAUCAUCGCCCACAGUUCAAGGUAAAACUUGUAAAAGAAACAUCGUUUCAGAGAGAAAGAUUCGCAUUUUGGCUACAGCCAACUUGUUUGACGUACUUAGUCGUUUGCAGUCCACUCAGUUUGCAACUGUGACUGUUUUUGCUUGGCUAAGACAAAGGAAGUGUCAACAUAAAGCAAUCAUAGAUUUGCGUAAAAACGCCAAUUUCUCUCAUUUUUUCCAUAAAUAGGCGAUUGUCUUUCACAGAAAAUGGAUAUCGCCAUUAUUGGUGAUAUAUCGAAGAGCAUGAAGAAGGACCAUCGUGAUAAAUUGAUUAGCCUGGUUAGUUCGCUGGUGGACAAGAAGGGCGUCUCUUCUGAAGGAAAUCACAUUGCAAUUGCCACUUUUGGACCGCACGCCUCAUUAAAGACUGACUUUAAAGACAGCAGAUACUACAAUGCAAAAAGCGUGAAGAACAAAGUCAAGAAGGACUUCAAAGAGGUUCCAUAUAAAACGGGAACGCGCACUGAUCUUGUCUUAGAUCUCGCCCGAACCAAAUUGUUCACUCCAGCAGCAGGGGAUAGGCCCAAUGCUCAGAACCUCAUGCUAAUCCUCACUGAUGGAGAGCCCUGGAUUGGAAAGUGGGAUAAAAGAAAACUGAUUCCCUUUGAGGAUUCCACAAAAGCUUUGGAGGUACUAUCGCUAAACCCUUAUUUAACUUAAAUCUGGUUAAUUUGUCAAUUCUCGAUAUCGACUCUAGGUUAAGAGACGAAGACAGCCUUCAAUAUGAUAUUACAUUUUCACCUAGCUAUAGAAACUUUAUAUCCCUUUGAUUGAAUCGCUUAGAGG